CGUGAGCUUGUUCCCCUUCAUCCCCGUGUAUUUGUCUUAUCUUGGUCUGGAUGUUAUGGAGAUCGGUAAGAUAAGGGCUCUGGAACCAUUCAUCGGCAUGGUGGCAACACCGCUGUGCGGAACGGUGGCGGACAGGUUCAGCAGGCACAAGCUGAUGCUUCUGGCGUGCCUCUGUGGAACAGCUCUGGUGUACGGGAGCAGCGUCUUCCUACCUUUCCUCUCACCUGCAGGUGGCAGCCACAUGAACUCGAUACAUACCGAACCCAACGUGACCAAUUCUACAUCUGAUAUUCGACAGAUGGUGUUUGGCGGCUUCUUCCGCCGCCACCCGCAUAUGGUUGCAGCCAUGGAUUCCUUUAAUAUCAGCUACCUAUCGUAUUCUGACUUGCAGGAGUCCAUCGAGGAAAGCUCUUGCAACUUUACGAAUACUAAGAGGCGACACGGAUCUACUGUGACAGUAUAUCUGGAGGACAUGCAUGGUUGUUCAUUCACCAAGCUUCCAUUAGAGCCAUCAUCUGUCUUUAAGGAGAAAAGUGGUGGUGUUGCUCCAGAAGUAAGGUGUCUAUUUUGCGAAGGUAUGAUGAGGGUAUGUACCUUCCAAUAUCAAAUGACGGAGUGCCAAAACAGAUCAAUUAACUGUAACGAUUCAUUCGGUAUUUCGACACCCGUAUCAAUAAAUGACACAACACAAUUUAUAAAUGGAGGCAUGUCUAUAAAGGAGAAAGAUCUUCUCGGUGUUUUUGUAAUUAUGCUAGUGAUACUCAUCGUCGGUGAAAUGUUUGCCUAUUCAUCUGUUCCUCUGUUGGAUGCAUCCACGAUGACACUCAUCGACGAGUACAAAGAAAGAGGACAGACUUUUGAAUACGGUCGACAGCGAAUGUGGGGAGGUAUAGCGCACGGUGUUCUUGCACCUCUGUCAGGUAUAGCCGUCGACGCGUAUGCUGCGUCUCAUCCAAACGCAUUCAACAAGUACCUUCCCGCAUUUGUUCUCUUUGUGUCCUUCCUGGUACUUUGUGCAGCAACGGCUUCGGUUAUUCCCAUCCGUGCUAAGCCACGUACCACGGAAUCCUUCGCCAAGAACGCUAAAAGUUUCCUGCUGACACCGAAGGUGAUCCUUUUCUUCGUCAUCAUGUUCAUCACUGGAAUCCUACUAGGAUUCAUCAACACUUACCUCUUUUUGUUCCUAGCCGAAAUAAAUGGAGGAGCGACCAUUAUGGGUUUGACCUUGACAGGUGCAUGUGCUGCAGAAGUGCCUUUCAUGAUGUUCUCGUCUAAACUCAUAGAUAAGAUUGGACACCGAGGUGUCAUCGGGAUAGCACUCUUCGCCUUCGUCCUGAGGUUCGUCGGCUACUCGCUCCUGCAGAACCCAUGGGCAGUCAUACCAAUUGAACUCCUGCAUGGGGUCACCUAUGGCUCAAUGUGGCCGGCUUGCACCUCCUAUAUUCAUCUUAUCUCCCCUCCAGACAUGGCGGCAACCAUGCAGUCUCUCACGUACAGCAUCAGGGGUGGUUUAGGAAAGGGGAUUGGAACCAUUAUCGGUGGGGUCAUCUACCACAACUACGGAGCCAGGAAUUUGUUUAGGGGUUCCGCCAUUUUGUCUCUCGUUACACUCGUCGUGUACUUCAUCAUCAGCCUCAUCUUCGACAAACGAGAAAAAUCUACUGGAUAUGACAAGUUGUGAACGCUUAUCCUACUUUCAUACAACACUAUUAUACCUGUAUCUUUCGUUCAUUUACAAAAACAUAUUUUCAUUAGAUAUUGCUCAUGACUGCAAUCUAUAAAAUAAAUUAUAUAAACGUAUACAUAUGUACAUUCACAUAAUGCGAAAGGAAAUGAGAGAAUAAUGGUUGCGAAGUUUGAAUUUUAGUUCCUCAUUGCUGUCAUUGUUCAAAACCCACCUGCCCCCCAACAAAGAAAUUAAUUAGUAACGGUUGAAAUUUGCCGAAAAAGAAUCUCGAUGAAAACACUAUUUGAACCUUUGCCAACAAAUUCCAAAAAGGAAGACAGUAAUGGGAAAUUUAUAAUCAGGCUACGCAAUCAUUUUCGUUCGCAUUGCAUUUAGUUCCAGGAGAGUUUCCAAAGCUGUCGUAAACGUUAUUUCCUUACAUUCGUUUACAAAUAAAGCAUUCGCUAGAAAUUAAGCCCAUUAUCCAGCUGAGGCAUGCUGCUUGUCAUUGUCAAAAAAGCCAGGCCUCUCAAAGCAGUCAUUUUUAUAUGUUGAUAUAGCUGCAGUUGGUUAUAUGGUUUGCAUUGUCUUAUAAAAAACAUGUAAUAGUAUGCAAAUAACAAAUUUAAUUAAAUUGAAUUUGUUGCUUUUCUUGGGUGAAUGUUCGCAGUAAAGAAAUAGAUUUGUCAACUGCUUUAUUUUAGUAUUUUCAAAUGAAUGUCUUAUAAUUCCCCCUAUUA